UUUCGCAUAGCUUGCCCGGUUCUGAUGGAUGGAGAUGCUUACAAAAAUUAAGAAACAGUAUAUUUCAUCCACCUGACCGAAUCCUCAUGGAAAUCGAGCUGAACGAACAGUCGCUGCAAUUGCAGAGAGGAAUAUCCUAACCGAAAAGCGGCGUGCAGGAAUCGCGUCAAGACAUAAUCAGCAACAGGGAGCAGCCAUGAAGGCUGGAAAUUAAAAGUAUCAAGGCAAACACAUACAACCUGCAAUAGAAAACAACGAAAACACGACUCAUACACGUCUAAAGACAAAUUAAUGAUCUAAGUACACCUGUGUCCUUGUUUAUCGUCUUGGCUACAAAAUUCGUUGCUGGUUUUUAGAAAGUAACGCGAGGAUGGAAUAAGUUACAGUGCCGGUCACUCCGCGCGCCCGCGUGAUUUGUCCCGCCCACCGCCACUGGCAGGCAAGUCCCAGAACUUCAGUCAGGAACUGAGAGAGCAUGAAGGCGAAAGUGCUGCAAAAUUUAGGAGGCUGCCAGCACUAAUUGUCUAAAGUCGUUUAAACUUGUGCAUUUAUAACCGCGGGAAUGCCAAGGCAAGCAGUCGGUGAGUGCGAGGCAAGAUUCCAAAACGAUACGGCGGCCUCCGGACAUCGACUCGGCGGUGCGCAGCCGGCAACCCCAACCUCUGUUCCCUUACCCUGUCACUCCACUGCAUCAUGCAGUAGAAGACAGAGCCAGACGGCCAUCUCACAAGUGGAUGUAGGACAUCCAGAGAGCAUCCCCAUCAAACAGGCUGGAAAAAGCUGCCACCUCCUCCAUGUUGUGCUUACCCUGUGCUUGACGACACUGGUGCUUGGGGGAGUGGCAGCAGUUACCUGGUACCUUUUGUCAGCUGAGCAUUCAUGUCCAAGAAUUUAUUUUGGAGGAUCAUUCCAUAUGAUAAACAUCAGCUAUAACUUAUCCCUUAUGGACAAACGAUCAGAGGAAUUUAAAACUUUAGCAUUGGACAUUCAGGUUAUUUUUGAGGAUGCAUUUUUAAAUUCAAAGUUGGCAUGGCAUUUUGAAAAUGCAAGCAUAAAUGCCUUUAGUGAUGGCAGUGUGGUUGCUCACUUCUCCCUCACAUUUACUUCAUUGAAAUCAGAGGGUGAGAUGAAGGACUCUGCUCUGCUUGCCACUGACAUUGCAAACGUACUGACCAAUCACCUCAGGCAGACACCUUCCGAGGAGAGCACCUCUGGGCACCUGGGAAAUUAUCAAGUGGAUUCAUCAACCAUUUCCAUUCAUGAAUCAAGUUUCGAGUAUCAUUUACUCACCCAACAGGAAGCUUGUACAGUGCUGAAUAACAAAAUCAAAUGGAGCACUCCGGGUACAUGUCACUGGCAGGUGACUGGCCAAGCGAGGAAAGUUGUUCGGGUCACCAUUCAGCAUUUCUUUAUUGAAGGAGACUGUCAAAGGAACUUCUUUGCUUUUUAUGAUUCUCUGGUGGGAGGAAAAUCCAGAUUAAUUACAAGGGUCUGCUCUGGAAGCCAUCAUGUUCCUCUUCAAGCUUUCAGUGUUAUUUCUUCAGACAAUGUAAUGCUAAUAGUUUUUAACUCGGAAGUAAAGCAUUUGAAUGAAUUUGAAGCAACAAUCCAGUUUAUAGAUGAUUUUGGUUGUGGAGGCAGUAUAACCACUUACAAUGGAUCUCUUACAUCACCUUUUUAUCCUUCUUAUUAUCCUCCUAAUCGAGAAUGUUUCUGGACAAUAUCGUUCACCAAGUUUAGCAAAUAUUGCAAACAUUUCCGUGAUUUCGGGGAACUCAUGACAGACCGAACUCAGCAGUGUUCAUUCAUCGCUAGUCCUGAUGCUGCUGCCCUCUCAGGGAGGUUGAGCUCCAGCUUCUCUAUGAGGAUAAGGAUAAGAUUUCCAACUCUUAAACUGGAUGGGGAGCAGCCAGACUGUGACAAAGACUGGCUAUCGAUUAACAGAAAAAGAUACUGUGGUGAAAAUGUAAUGCCCCUGGUUGUGUCCAGUACCACUAAUGUCCUUACAGUGUAUUUCUAUUCUGAUUCAUCAAUAACAAACAGAGGGUUUCAGGCGGACAUUACAAGUUUUGACCCACUGGACACCUGUCCAGGAAUGUACACUUGUGGAGAUGGGUCAUGUGAACCCCUCAGUUAUAAGUGUGAUGGAUGGGAUGACUGUAGUGACCGAAGUGAUGAGCAGAAUUGCAGGUGCACAGCAGAGCAGUAUACCUGCAAGAACAGAUUUUGUAAACCAUUAAUUUAUGUUUGUGAUGGAGAAGAUGACUGUGAAGAUGGAAGUGACGAAUCAAACUGUGCAUGUCCUGCCGGGUAUUUUCUAUGCACAAGUGGUGAAUGCAUCCUCAGCACAUUUCUUUGUGAUGGUACAGCAAACUGCAGAGAUGAAAGUGAUGAAGCCAACUGUAUUGGAAAAGAGGUACGAUGCUCAGCUGUUUCCUACCAAUGUAGCAACAGAAAGUGCAUUGCUAAACCCAACGCAAGGUGUGAUGGCACAGUGGACUGUCCAGAUUCAAGUGAUGAACAAAAUUGUGAUUGUGGCGUUCGACCUUUUCUGCAAAGCCGCAUUGUAGGAGGGCAUGAUGCGGAACCUGGAGAAUGGCCCUGGCAGGUGAGCCUUCAUUUCCAUCAGCGUGGACAUAUCUGCGGGGCAUCGCUAAUCAGUCACAACUGGCUCAUAUCUGCAGCUCACUGUUUCCAGGACACUGCACUGAACAGAUACUCUUGGUCACCACUUUGGACUGCAAUAAUCGGGACACGAUCUCAGCAAUUGACUGAUUCUAAACCAGUCAUGAGAAAAAUUAACCAUAUCAUUGCUCAUGAACGGUAUAAUGAUGUCUCCCUGGACUAUGACAUAGCUUUGCUGAAGCUUGAUUCUCCUGUGGUGUAUAAUAAUUAUAUCCAGUCAAUAUGCCUUCCUUCAGCAACACACAUUUUCCCUGUUGGCCAAAGCUGUUUUAUCACAGGCUGGGGAAUACUGAAAGAAGAUGGAGCACUUCCAUUAUUACUACAAAAAGCAGAAGUGAAAAUCAUCAACCAGACAGUGUGCAAUAUGUACUUGGGAAAAUCCCUGAGUGCAAGGAUGCUUUGUGCUGGCUAUCUUAAUGGUGGAAUUGAUGCCUGCCAGGGAGAUUCUGGAGGACCUCUAGUUUGUGAAGAACCCUCUGGACGGUGGUUUCUUGCUGGAAUUGUCAGCUGGGGAGAAGGCUGUGCUCGAUGGCACCGACCUGGAGUUUAUACCAGAUUAACCAAAUUCCAAGAAUGGAUAAAGCAAACCACAGAAAUCUGAGCAAUGUGCAAUACAAUUGAUUUUUCUCAUCAUAUGCAGAACAGAAACACCCGUUUCAGAAAGUCCCGUUCACUGAAGUUUUAGCAUUUUUUUUUUGCAUUUUUACUUGCCUGUACAGCCUGAAGUGUGUGGGUGGCAAUAUGAGUGCACAUCUGGUGGAAUUCUAACUUGUUUAUGGCUUGCAAUACAAACAGUAUAAAGUGAAGUGAACUCCUCAAAUAACAAAGCCCAUAGUGAGUAACAUUUAGUAGCAAGUUUAAUAUGAUUCUGAAUAAUAAAAAAAGAGAUACAUUUACUUACCACUGUAACACAGCUACACAAAAACAAAAGAAAUUUGUUUUUUUCCAGGAAGAAAAUAAUUUGAUGCUGAAUUGUCUUGGUUUUGGUGGUGAUAUGUAUUAUGAGCUAUUCACUUUAAAAUUGAUUUCGCUUAUGGUACAUUUUUCUAAGCCAAGAUAUAGAUGGGAAUAUGGGUUUCUAUUUCUCAGGAACCUUUUUAUGUUUCUAGGAAAGCGUGAUUAUUUAUUGUGUGGGUUUGUGAUAUUAGUUUGUUCUGCAGAGGAGUGCCACCAGGUUAUGAUUACUGUUACCUGGACACUGCUCCCAGUUUCGAAAAGAAUGUGGUUUUAGACAUCUUACAUCAUCAACGAGAGACUGUGAUGUCUCAGUCAGGGAUCCUUCCCUAACUGGGGUUCAUAUUCAUGUUUUGUGUUGUAGCACUGCCACAUAAAUUUAUGUUUCUGGUUUGUCUUUUGUCUCUCUAUGUGAAUCCUGUUUCUCUCUGAGCACACUGUAGCAUAAGAUGGGCAGGUUCGAUAGGGAGGACCUUUGUGAGUAAUGGGGCUGUCCUUGUGAUUUCAGGGAGUGCCAUGGAAACGGACGCACUAUUGAAAAGGAGCGCGAAAAGGCAGUAAGAGCUUUAUGGCGGAGGGUAGAGACGUGACCUGUCUAAGGCCAAGAUAAAGAUUGUUUCUCGUGGAGCACCUAAAGUCCAGUGCAAUUUGGGGAGAUAUGAUAAUCUGAUAAAGAGGCUAAAUUGAGUUGACGUUGUGGGAUAUUUUAGGGGUACAUGAUUUUUUGACAUUUGUUUACUGUAUAUGUUGGGAGAGGGUGGGUGGUUUUCGGAAUCGGUUUAUGUAUGGGGAGUUUGUGGGAUUGUAGAAUAAAUAUUAAUUUAAUUUUUUUUUUGCUGCAUCUUUUCUCUGGAUCAUUUUUUGUGAAAAUUACUUUCAUUAGUGGAUGUCAUUUUCGGCGCCAUGAAAAGGGGUCUGAAGACAGUUUGGGGUUGACCUGCAAUCAGUAGUUAAAUUUUCACUAUAAAUUUAGUGAAGCGUAGCGAUUACGAUCGCUACAGUGUCUCUUUUGCUCAUUUUUUGAUUCUUCUACUUAUUUUGAUUAUCUACAUCAUUCUGUAUUUUUGCUUGUCUAUGUAUAUCAGUUGCCUUUUCUACCUUCCAUGUGUUUUGUGGGUAGUCCCCAACUUGUCAAUCACCACCAGGAACUGCCCUCUUCCCUAUAAAUCUGGAGGGUCUUCCCCACUUAGACAGUUCCUAGCUCUUCAUUCUGUAUGUGCUCUGGUGUUUAUGAUUUCUUGGCCCUUUUUCUGUGGAUUUUUGACCUUGUCUUGGAUUUCGGUUUCACCCCUUGCUCACCUAGGAUCGUGCUUUCUGGCAAUUCCCUUUUGCUUACGGAGCUUCAUGUAUUUACAGUACAGAGCAUUUUGUGAAAUAUACCUUUUUAUAUUAUAAAGAUUCAACGCUUGCCCUUUUUAGUAGUUACUGUUUGACAGUGAAACCCUCCCUGUAUUGGGCAUUAUUAGAAGUGUUUGGGACUGUGUGCUCUGGAAUUCUUUAGUGCUUGGGACUCCCAGUCCAUAACAGAAAUAAACACAA